GGAAGUUCCACUUGGAAAGUCACAGAGUGGCUAGGCUCUUGUUUGUAUAAAUACGCUUGCGGACUGUGGAAGUCAAGUCGAAGAUGAGUAACGUGGUUAUCGUCGGCUCGGCGGCCACCUUGGCCUUCACCAUCGCCUCCCUCGUCACCAUGGUGUCUCUGCUUCGAGAGAUUACCGAUCUCCAAAUGGAGGUGCAAGUGGGCAUGGACGAGUUCAAGGCAAUAUCCGAUGACACUUGGAAUCGUAUCAUUUCUAAGCAUCUUAACCCUACUGGUGUUUCCGAAGCUCCGCCCACAUUUGCAUCACUCUUUGGACGUCGUCCUCGUGCCGCAGGUUUCCCAGAACAAUGCAAUUGCGGAGAGAAAUCAAGGGAUUGUCCACCCGGCCCACCUGGACCGCAAGGACCGAAAGGACCCCCUGGAGAGCCGGGAAGAGAUGGCGAAGAUGGCCGGCCUGGUGCUCCUGGCCUUGCUAUCGCUGUGACCCACAACAUCCCAGGCGGUUGCAUCAGCUGUCCUGCUGGUCCUCCUGGACCACGUGGAGAAGCUGGAGACCCAGGACCAGCUGGUCCACCAGGGCCAUUUGGACCACGCGGACCACCAGGCAACGUUGGACCGAUUGGAGAUCCUGGUGAGGCUGGAGAGCAAGGCCCACCAGGACAAAAUGGACGUCCCGGCCCACCUGGACCACCUGGAGAACCAGGAGUACAAUACACACCCGGAAUGCCAGGCAUGCGCGGACCACCAGGACCUCCCGGACCACCAGGAGAACAAGGCCCACCCGGACCCGAUGGAAAGAACGGAGAACCAGGACCUCCUGGUCGCCCAGGACGCAACGGAAAGGAUGGAAAUCGUGGUCGCAACGGGCAACCUGGACCGCGCGGAGAGAACGGAAAGCCAGGAGCAGAUGCCACCUAUUGCCCAUGUCCACCACGCCAGAAGCGUCGUCUCUAAAUGUGUGGGCUGUUGUUGUUGCAACGAAUUGAUGAAACUUAGUAAACAAUUAGCAG